UUAUUCCCCACACAACCUUCUCCAAUUUCAAAUCUCUUCUACACAAUUCAAACUCUCUCUCUCUCUCUCUCUCUCUCUCUCUCUCUCUCUCUCUCUCUCUCUCUCUCUCUCUCUCUCUCUCUCUCUCUCUGCAUGAAAAGAUAACAGCCAACCCUUCAUGGCUCACCGAUCCUCUGCUGAAUCUCAUGACCAGAUUCCUUCAAAGUCAUUGGACCUUAACACUCCCCAUCCAAGUAAAGAUAUCAUCAACAUGGAGGAGCAACAGCAACAGCAAGACCCCUUAUUCUCCCUGAGCAAAAUUAACCGUGAUGGUAUUGAUAGAGAUAAGGGUGUUACAGAGGAAGACCCGUCUGCUUCAAAAUCCCUUCUUUGCGAGGAGGAGAAAAUGGCAUUGCAGGAGGCUGCUAAGGAAAGUAGUGUAACAGAGGGUUUAGAAGAGGAUAGUGGACGCGAGAGGCUGAAGCGGCAUAGAGUUGAAGUGGCUGGGAGGGUUUGGAUUCCUGAUAUGUGGGGUCAGGAGGAGCUAUUGAAGGAUUGGAUAGAUUGCACAGCAUUUGAUGCCCCUUUGGUUCCGAGCAGAAUCUCCACUGCGCGAGAGGCUUUGGUUGAAGAGUGUACAAGAGCAAAUGCUGCAGGACUAAGAAUAGAGAACAGCACUUGUCUUUCUUUCGAGAAAAAACAAGUCAUUAGUUCAAGCAAUUUCCCAAAUGGUCUCUCGCUCUGAACAAACCUUGACCCUUAAGUGCCUGAGUUGAAGCUUCCAAUGUGGACUUGGAUUUCAAUGAUUUAUCUCUUAAUAACAGCACAACUGUAGAGGUUCAAAACACCCCAACGUUCGCAGACACCGAGAAGAGCAUCUAAACAAAAGGAUCCGAUGCAAGUACGAAAAUAUACAUUGAAAUUGAGAAGGGAGAUUAUUAUAUUAAGAAAAAAUGGAAACCAGCUGCUCCAGCUUGUCAGUAAACUCAAACAGUAUGCAAGAACAUCAUGCUAAUCUCUUCAAAAUAAAACACUGUUCAAAUAAAAACUAGAUCCAGAUAAAGAAAGUUGCGAAUACAGUUAAUAUUAUGACUGAGUGACUGGGCGUUGUCUGCAUCUAUGUUGUAAAUAAAGAAACAUUUGGCAUUGGUUUGUCAUGUCUUUUGCUACUCUUGUCCUUGUUAGCAAGUACAAACAGAUCAAGAAAUUCCAGGCUAAUGAUAUGCACAAAUAACCAAUAGCACUAUAGAAUCACGAAGUGUCUGAUUUAAAGUGCGUGAUUUUACAGCAGAAAGGAAACUAGUAAUGGGCACAAAGAAUCCGGUGCUUCUCCUUUCUGUGCAGACUCUUCCUACACUUUAGAAUAAACAUGCAAGGAUAAAAUAUCGAUAUGCUCCCACUGGCAUCCCUACUGAGUUAAAGUUACAAGUCAUGAUAAACAGUGACACUUGCUCUCCCCACCAGAAGUCAGA